AAAUCGAUCAGAGGCGCCCCGACGCGACAAGUCACCAGUCGUGUUUCGAGCAUUGAACGCAGCUUUUGAGGUUAGAUUGGUCGUGACAUCGUGUGAUCCCCACUUAUUCCCGCCAAUUAGUUGCAUCUCUGCCUCCUGAAUCGCAUCAGCGGCUACUUGCACUAUUUCAAACAAAUUUGAACUGUGGGUCAAUUCGAUUGUUCGCGCGCGGCUCGGGUGUGUGAGUGUUUGUAGUGAUGGCAAGUGAAUCCACAAUCUCCUAGAAGUUGACACGGGAGAGGUUGUUUGUCUGUUUCUCUCUUAUAUCUUACAUCUCUCAUAUCUAGGUUGUUCCAUUUCAUCUUCUGAUCAACUCCAGUGUGAGUGGAGAGGUAGGCCUGCAGAGUUCAUCACCCUUCCAAUAGAAGAGAGCACGCAAUCUAUAAAGCUGGCAACAAUUAUGAUAUGACUCAUUUACUGGGCAUCCAAUGCAAAAUAAUGUCUGGCAUCUUCAAGCUAUUCAAACUCCAGAAUGGGAGCGUCGAAAAAGAUAUGUCACAUAAUAUCUACACAGUGGACCUGACCCAGAGUGACACAGGCAUCGUUGCUCCAUCCUUCUCGCUCAAACAUCUUCCAAAGAGACAGCCUGUUGACAUCAAAUUCUCAGAUUUGAAUUACACUGUACCUGACAACUCACGAGCCGGUUCGAAAAAAAUUCUAGAUGAUUUACACGGAGAAUUCAGGUCUGGAGAGCUGGUGGCAAUAUUAGGGCCAUCAGGUGCUGGCAAAAGUACUCUCUUAAACUCCCUAGUCGGUUUUGGAAAUGAAGGAAUGACGGGAACAAUAUUGGUGAACAAUCAGCUGAUGGAUGCCAGUUCGUUUCGCAAGCUAAGCUGCUACAUCAUGCAGAAGGGCGAGCUUCUCCCUUAUCUGACAGUAGGUGAGGCCAUGAUGGUUUCAGCCAAUCUUAAACUGGGAGCUUCAGUCAACAACAGGGAGAAAAAAGUUAUUAUAGAUGAGAUUCUUACAGCUAUGGGACUUAACCACUGUACGGAGACUCGAUGCAAGAAUCUGUCGGGUGGUCAGAAAAAGAGACUGCUUGUAGCUGUGGAGCUUGUGGACAAUCCACCUGUCAUGUUCCUGGAUGAGCCAACAAGUGGCCUGGACAGCUCGUCGAGUGUGCAAUGCGUCGCGCUGCUGAAAUUGCUGGCUCAAGGAGGCCGAACAAUAGUGUGCACCAUACAUCAGCCGAACGCGCGCACAUUCGAGAUGUUCGACCAGUUGUACGUGCUUGCACCGGGCCACUGCAUCUAUGAGGGCCCUGUACGCUCGUUGGUGCCCUUCCUCGCUAGUCAUAGCCUCAUCUGUCCCAGCUACCAUAAUCCGGCAGAUUUCGUUAUUGAAGUUGCUAUGGGACAACAUGGACCGGUACAGCCGAUUCUUACCAAAGAGAUAAAAAGGCACAUGAAGGAGAAAUUCAAGGAGGAGGAGAACAGAAUAUCUGACAAGAUCAACGAAAUUGAUCAGCCAAACAAUAAAAAUUCUAUUUCAGGUGAAAGAUUUAGAGUAUUAUCGAGUGAGCUUGAGCUAUCUCCAAAAGAUGAGAAUUCGUUCAAUCGCCUUAGGAGCGAUGGGGAGUUUGAUGUUUGUGAGAGACCAUCAGCUUUAUUUCAAUUCUAUAUUCUAUUGAAAAGGACAUUCACCUCAACUUCCAGAGAUCUUCAACUGACCCAACUGAGAUUGGUAUCGCAUUUUGCGAUCGGACUUCUAAUUGGCUACCUGUACCUCAACAAAGGCCAGGACGCCAGCAACAUCACCAACAAUGCUGGCUGUAUAUUUUUCACAGCCAUGUUUCUUAUGUUUUCAUCCAUGAUGCCCACUAUUCUAACAUUUCCAUUGGAGAUGACAGUCUAUAAAAGAGAGCAUCUGAACAAUUGGUACUCACUUGGCCCAUUAUAUUUGGCGAAAACUUUGGCUGACAUUCCAUUCCAGGUGGUGUUCACAGUAGUCUAUGUGUCAAUAGUCUACUAUAUGACCGAUCAGCCACAGGAUUUGGAACGGUUCUCAAUGUUCUUAUUCGUGAGCAUUUUACUGUCUUUGGUGGCAUCAUGUGUUGGCCUUUUGACUGGGACAGCUCUAUCAAUAGAAACAGGCACCUACUUCGGACCAAUCUCAUGCAUUCCCUGCGUCCUGUUCUCCGGCUUUUUUCUGUCACUCGACUCAAUUCCGUCCACAAUGAAGUGGCUGGGCAGCCUCUCCUAUCUGCGCUACGCGUUCGAAGGCUGUAUGCUCUCGCUCUACGGCUUCGACAGAUCCAAACUCGACUGCUCUGAGGUCUACUGCCACUUCAGAAUGCCAUCUCAGUUCCUCAAACACCUCGGCAUGCGGGAUGCCUCCUAUUGGUACGACUGUAACAUUCUAAUCAUUUUCGUUGUGGUGCUCAGAACCUUGACCUACUUUGUGCUCAAGUAUAAAAUCAAGUCUUCCUCGUCAUAGACAUCGAAAUUCCAGUCGAUAACACUUUUACGUCAGUAAUGGCACUGUGUGUGUAUACAGACUUACGCGCCACGAGUACGCGCAUUUCUCUUUUCAUCAGCUGAUGCUAUGCUUAUUAUAUCUGUACUUGUACACAAAGACCUUAAAGAGAUAUAGACCCACAAUGCCUAUGCCUUCCCAAUGAUAGCUCUUACUUGAAAUUGAAGGCCGCCAUUGGGGUAUUUUAGCACGAGAUAUUGUAUAAAUAAUAUUUGUAAUACUAUAGAUCACAAAGGCAUUGGUGGCAUUGGUAUGUAAUAAUCUUAUGGGUUGCCCCCUCAAUGGCGGAUUUCAAUUCCAAGUACGACACUAGCGCUGCAUGUGAGUCUAUGCAUCUUUAAGGUCUUUGCUUGUACAGAUACAGUGAGAUUCAUGCCCGGUUGCAAAGUCGUUACAUAAAAUCAAACAUAGCUAUGUGAGAUAUAGCUUAAAAUCACUGACAUAAAUGGUUGGACGUCGCACAGUCGUUUUCAGAAGCCCAUUUAGCUAUAUCUCGAAUUAGCAUCAUACAUAAGUCACACUGCAGCUCUAUUCACUUCUUUCCGUUCAUUUCCGUACAUGCUUCUAUCCAACUAAUGUCUUGUCAUCGGGGAAAGUUUCAAUCGACAUCACUGUGAACAGACCUAAAAUACCUCAUAUAAAAUUGAUAAACAGUAUGGCGACUCUUGGCUUUUGGCAAGAUUUCUCACCAUAUUUAGCGAUUUGGAGGUUAUAAACAACUUGAAAAAACAUAGCGAGAGAAAAAAGAAUUUACUUAUAUAAAUGGUUUUUCGUAAACAUCUUUAAAAAGAAGCUGUCACAACCUUUAAAAUGCAUAUUGGAUUUAACAGCACGACUUCGGGCCCAUAACUUAAUUGAACGUUUUUAGCUAUUGGAGACAUAUAAAUAAGCUCUUUUUGACGACUCUGCAACGAAAUCAUGUGUCCAAUUGGGCGUUUUUAGUUUUAUGGGAGCUAUAGUUUACUUUGACAUCUGUGCAACGAAAAGUGGAGUUAUGGCUUCAUAAAUAAGUUAAAUGCCUGAUUUUAAAUUUAUGUGACGACUCUGCAACCGGGCACUAAUCAGAUAUAAUAGGAGAACAAGUUGUCGGCCCUACUUCAGAGAUCUUGAAAUUCUUCCACUUCCAAGCAUUCAUAUUUUUGAAACAAUCUGCUUCAUAAAAACAUAUUAAAGAAUAAUUUAACACAGGUGAAGUAUUUCAUAGAUACUCGACCAGAUACAGAAGUAACUUGAGAGGGGAUGCGCACUGGAGUAGCAUGUAUGAACGAGGUGUACAGAGCUCAGGUAGGCCUACUCGAAUGUACAACCUGUUGCCAUUUCACUUGAAAGAAUUAUCAGGGAGGAAAUUUAAAAUUUUAUUGAGAAGGGAUCUGCUGUAAAUUGCCGCAUAUUCAGAAUCCAAUAAAUAUUAUAAACCUCAAGUUGGAGGUAUGAAAGGAUAGCACACAUUUUCUUGUGGUAUAAAUUUGACAAAUCAAUAUACCCC